AUCAAAGCACCUGCACUCCUCAUUGGCUGACGCUCUAACAAAGUGGGCGGGCGGGAUUACUUUGUGGCUUCUGUUGACAUUCUUCUGUCAUCGCGAUAAGACGCGAGAUUUGCGAGCCGCUCGGGAUCGUCAGAGGGAGCUGAUGGAGUGAGGACGGGAGCUCCGGAGGACCACGGUGAUCAGUCUGCGCGCCGCCGUUAACGCGUUUCUUGUGCAGCCGCCAUGUUUUCCUGUCGUCUGCUCGGCCUGCUGGCUCUCGCCUUCUUCCAGAGCUCCGUGUCGGCCCAGCAGCGGAGCCUCUCCCCAGAAAAUCUGCUGGUGAUCACCGCGGCAACAGAGGAGACUGACGGCUUCAAACGCUUCAUGAGGACGGCCAGAGAGUUCAACUACACUGUGAAGGUGCUGGGUCUGGGCGAGCAGUAAGGGGGUGACGUGGCUCGGACCGUGGGUGGAGGUCAGAAGGUCAGAUGGUUGAAGGCGGAGCUGCUCAAACACUCUGACAACAAGGACAUGGUCGUCAUGUUCGUGGACAGCUAUGACGUGAUCUUUGCGUCGGGUCCAGAGGAUCUGCUCUCCAAGUUCUCUCGUCUGGGUCACCGAGUUGUUUUCUCCGCUGAGGGUUUCUGCUGGCCCGACCAGAGACUGGCCUCCAAAUAUCCAGAGGUGCAUUCUGGGAAACGCUACCUCAACUCAGGAGGGUUCAUCGGCUUUGCUUCAGAUCUCAGCUCGCUGGUUCAACAGUGGAAAUACAAAGACAACGAUGACGACCAGCUGUUCUACACCAAAAUCUACCUGGACAAGAAACAGAGGGCCAAGUUCAACAUGUCUCUGGACCAUCGCUCCAGAAUCUUCCAGAAUCUGAACGGAGCUGUUGAGGAAGUCGUCCUGAAGUUUGAGAGGUCAAAGGUCAGAGCCAGGAACGUAGCCUACGACACGCUUCCUGUCAUCAUCCACGGCAACGGCCCCACCAAGCUGCAGCUGAACUACCUGGGUAACUACGUGCCCACGGCGUGGACCUUUGAGGACGGCUGUGGGAUCUGUGACGACGACCUGCUGUUCUACAACGACGCUCCGGACGAGGAGAUGCCGCUGGUGUACGUCGCCGUGUUCAUCGAGCACCCAACUCCCUUCAUGGAGGAGUUCCUGGACCGACUGUCGACGCUCAACUACCCGACGUCGAGGAUCCGCCUCUUCGUCCACAACAACGUCGUGUACCACGAGCGCCACAUCCAGAGGUUCUGGGAGCGUCACAGAGCACUGUUCCCCGACGCCCUACUGGUCGGACCGGAGGAGAACCUUCAGGAGAACAAGGCCAGAGCCAUGGCUGUCGAGGCGUGUAAGAAGGAUCCAGAGUGUGACUACUACUUCAGCAUCGACUCCGACGUGGCCUUGACCAAUCCAGACACCCUGAGGAUACUCAUCGAAGAAAACAAGUCGGUUAUUGCUCCCAUGCUGUCCAGACACGGGAAGCUGUGGAGUAACUUCUGGGGCGCUCUGAGUCCUGAAGGGUUCUACUCCAGAUCUGAAGACUACAUCGAGAUCGUCCAGGCCAAGAGGAUUGGUCUGUGGAACGUGCCGUACAUCACCCAGGCCUACCUGAUCAAAGGCAGCGUGCUGCGGUCCAAACUGUCCCGGGUGAACCUGUACGUGGACGAGGGGAUGGACCCUGACAUGGUGUUCUGCAGGAGCAUCAGAGACCAGGGAGUCUUCAUGUUCGUGUCCAACCGCGAUGAGUUUGGUCGUCUGGUGGCGUCGUCCAACUUCAACACGUCCAGGCUUCACCCAGACAUGUGGCAGAUCUUUGACAACCCUGUGGACUGGAAGGAGAAGUACAUCAGUGAAAACUACUCCAAGAUCUUUGAGGAUGAGAAGAGCUUUGUGCAGCAGCCCUGUCCAGAUGUUUACUGGUUUCCAGCCUUCUCAGAGAAGAUGUGUGAUCAUCUGGUGGAGACCAUGGAGCACAAUGGCCAAUGGUCUGGAGGAGCACACAAGGACGAGCGUCUGGCCGGUGGUUAUGAAAAUGUCCCAACUGUGGAUAUCCACAUGAACCAGAUCGAAUUUGAGAAGGAGUGGCUGAAAUUCCUCAAAGAGUACAUCGUCCCCGUCACUGAAAAACUCUAUCCUGGCUAUUACCCUAAGGCCCAGGCCAUCAUGAACUUUGUGGUGCGUUACCGUCCUGACGAGCAGCCGUCUCUGCGGCCACAUCAUGACUCCUCCACCUUCACCAUCAACGUCGCCCUGAACAGUAAGGGCGUGGACUACGAGGGUGGAGGCUGCAGGUUCCUGCGUUACGACUGUCAGGUGGAGUCUCCCAGGAAGGGCUGGUCCUUUAUGCACCCCGGCCGGCUGACGCACUACCACGAGGGUCUGCCCACCACCAAAGGGACCAGAUACAUCAUGGUGUCCUUCGUAGACCCCUAACAACACCAGGAGUGUGUGUGUGUGUGUGUGGUAAAGAGACACACCAACCACUUCCACUGGUCUGCUGUGUGUGUGUGUGUGUGUGUGUGUGUGUGUGUGUGUGUGUGUGUGUGUGUGAACAUCAGUCGACCUCAUCAUCACCGAUAGAGACAGACAGGACGGAGGAAUAGACGUCAUGAUCAUGAAUGCAUCGUUUCAACAUUUUCCUACCUGACUCAUCAUUAUUCUAAACUGUGAUCACAUUUAUCAUUUCAGUGUGUCCCCAUUUCAGGUGUAACAGUUUUCAUAGAGGACCCUGAACGCACCGUUGUAGGACAUUUCAGAGUAAGAGGCACUUUAUUUAGCCUUUAUUUUCAUUUAGUAACUUCAGACAAGAAAUGCGGCAUUUCAAAAUAAGAGUCUGUUGUUGAGGUUCCAAUCAUUUGUCACCGUGCUGCCUUAUCUUAUUUAACUACCUGAAACUAUGCAAUCAGAACACACUCCGUCAGCCGGCUGCUGUUACGCUCACACUUUAGAAAACGACGUCGUUCCACAGACGCUUUCUUCAGCACUGAUCCUGCAGGAUGAUGUCGUCUCUAACUUUUCCUCCAAUGUUGGCAUCCAGCUCAGAAGCCCAAACAGCGAGUCAGCAGCUGAUUUAGGCCAAUCAGAUCACUGGGAUGGAGCCUCACAGGUUUCUGAUGACAUGAAAACAGGAGAAAACUCUGUGCUAAAGAAUAUAUUUUAUGAUUAUGAAUUCUGAGGAGUAAAAGUGUGUCGAGGAGAUUAAACUCCACUUUGAGAUAUUUUUAAACUGUUACUGGGAAAACACUAAAGGCCUUUUUAUAUUUCAUGUUUAAUUCUUUGUUCAGUGUUUUAAAUGAGUCUUUGUGUUUCCAUCAUGUAGUUGAGUAUUUUUCUAUCAUCUUGGAGUGAAACCGUCUCAGAUUUUCUCUCUGUUUUGUUUUCUGAUGUUUCUGAGGAUCAUCUUUGUAAAACCUGACUGAUGGGUUUCCUCCUGACGCUGCCUUCACUUGUCUCUCUACGUGCCUGUUCCAUACGAGGAGUCAACCGUCUCUGGCUUUGUACAAACUGCGUUAAAUUAUUUGACUGAGCGAAUAAAGUUUUGAGAUUUUAAUAAAUAAUUUUACUGUCACAGAGCGGGGUGUUUGUUUUUCUUGUCGGGGGGUGGAUAUGAUUGGAUUUAUGAGUCAACUUUAAAGUUGAGGGAUUAUUGAAUUCAUUUUAGAAACUAUUUCAGCCAUUUGACUCUAAAAAGCA